AUGGUGCAAGCUGAUACCACCACCGACAAUUCGUUCCUAAGGGGAUUAGUGGACAUUGGAAGCAAUGGCGUCCGCUUCUCCAUCUCCUCCCUACACCCCUCCACCGCACGCAUCAUGCCCACAAUCUUCCAAGACCGCGCCCCCAUCUCCCUCUACGACGCCCAAUUCACCGGCACCACAAAAUCCCCCAUCAGCGAAGACGUCAUCUCCGCCAUCCUGGUCUCCAUGCGCCGUUUCGCAACCGUCUGCGCCGACUUCAACGUCCCGCCAGCCAACAUCCGCGUCGUCGCCACCGAGGCCACGCGCGAGGCCCAAAACUCGCAGGACUUCCGCGACCGCAUCCACGCCGCCACGGGCUGGACCGUCGAGCUGCUCACAAAGGAGGACGAGGGCCGCAUCGGCGCCGAGGGCGUCGCAAGCUCUUUCAAUGAGGUCAGCGGCCUCGUGAUGGAUCUCGGCGGGGGCAGCACACAGCUCACGUGGAUGGUGUCGAAGGGCGGCAAGACACGCAUGCCGCCUGCGGCGGUCUCGCUGCCGUACGGUGCGGCAGCACUCACGAAGCGCCGCGAGACGGCGAUCAACGACGAGGCGAUAGCCCAGCUGAAGGACGAGAUCAAGUCCCGCGUUGCGACCGCCAUCACCGGCCUCGACAUCCCGCCGGAGCUCUCCGACUACGCCGCCGACGACGGCGGCUACACACUCUACCUCUCCGGCGGGGGUUUCCGCGGUUUCGGCUUCCUCCUGCUCGACCAGCACCCGAUCCAGCCAUACCCAGUCCCCAUCAUCAACGGCUUCAAGGCCCCCGGCAGCGCCUUCUCCGACCUCGCCGACUUCCACCUCAGCUCCGAAACCACCCGGCGUCUCGACGACAAAUUCCGCAUCUCGGACCGCCGCGCGCGCCAGGUCCCCGCCGUCGCAUUCCUCAUCUCCGCCCUCGUCGAGACCCUCCCCACCAUCAAGACCGUCAUCUUCUGCCAAGGCGGCGUGCGCGAGGGCGCUCUCUACGAACGCCUCGACACCGCAACCCGCGCCCAGGACCCCCUCGUCGUCGCAACAUCCGCACAUGCGCCCCGCGACACAGCCAAGAUCCGUGAGCUCCUCAACUACGCCCUCCCGCGGUCGACGCCGUAUAUCUUCCGUUCAGAAAUCGUACCCGCGUUGGCGAAUAUGCUCAUCUACCACUCCAACAUCCCCAAAGAAUCACGCCCCUCCUGCGGGCUGCACGCAACCACAACCGGCAUCCUCGCCUCUGCCCACGGUCUAACCCACGAGACGCGGGCCCUCCUCGCACUGGCGCUCUGCGAGCGCUGGGGCGGCGAGGUCAGCGACUCUAACCUCAAAACACAGCUAGAGGACCUCGUCGGCCCCGAGUUUGCGUACUGGGCGCGCUACUGCGGCGCCGUGGCGGGUGUUGUCGGCGAUGUGUAUCCCGCGGGGAUCGUGGGCGAUGUGGAGCGGCUGCGGUUCUUCGCGUAUGAUGAGGGCGCGGUGGUGGUGCUGAAGGUGAGGACGAGGGGCGGGGACGAGAGGGCCGAGGCGGUGAUGGUGGCGAGGGGGAUUGAGGGGUUGGGGAAGGUGGGGAAGAAGAAGAAGUGCCGCGAGGGCUAUCGGAGGAAGGUGGCGUUGAUUUGGGGGAGGGAUUUGGAGUAG